CGGCGGCGGCCAUGGCGGCACCGGCGGCGCCGGGCCCCGGGAAAGGGCCGGGCCCCGGGAAAGGGCCGGCGCUGCGGGCGGGGAGAGCCCGGCCCUGCUUCUGCCAGAGCCAGCCCGGGGCUUGCUGACCUGCCCUCCCUGCAAAAGUCACCGCCCUGCCCCGUGCCCGGCCCGCUUUACAUAAACGAUCGUGGUAAAGGGGGGCAGCGGGCGUGCGGGGCUUGCCUGGCCUUCUGUCCUUGAGAGUGAAACGGCGAACGCGAAGGGGAACAGACACAAAUUAAGAUGGACUGAAGCAUAUAUCCUAAGAUAUGGUCUUAGGAACAUUGUAGAUGUUUAAAUUCGUUUUUCUUUAUAGCAGAUGGUGUUGCCAGACUCGGUCACUACUUGCCUUUCUCAGCCUGUGCAUUAUGCAAUUUGCAAACUUGGAUUUGAGAAGAAAGACACCCAUGAUAUUGAUAACAUUUUAUCUGAAAAUGGGGAAGUAUGUUGGCAAGCUGUUACAGAGCACGUGUGUUACCUUGAAUCAGAUCAAAGUGUGGAUUAUAUCAAAAGCAUACGAUCAUUAGGACCUGUCUGUGAAUCUGUUAAUUCAUACUUCAAAUCUCUGACCAAGGAUCAGUUUGUAAUACAGUAUGCAUCAUGGUUCCACUGGACAAACUGCACAGAGGUAUUUCUGAAAGUGUUUGAUGUUUUGCAGUCUGCACAAGCUACAGACAUUGCUCUUGGCUUAAUGAAACUAACAUCAUGCUUGGAGCGAGCCUUGGGUGACGUGUAUUUACUUAAGGGCAAUGAUUGUCCUUUCCUUCUAAGAGACUUGCUUGCAUCUGAGCAGCUUGCAGAUGUCUUUGGACAAGCUGUAAUGAAUGUACUGAGGGUAUUCAUUGGAUCUCCACAUGGUCUGAACCUUCGUAAUGUUUUGUGGCAUGGGUUUGCAUCACCACAAGAAAUUCCUGCCAAAUACUGUGCUAUGCUGCUCUUUUUAACCGCAGGAUUGGGUCAGUUGUUACAGACCUAUCUUCUGCAAACUAAAGGUGUUUUAGUACAUCGACCUUAUGUGAUCUUCAUUAGCUUAGAGGAGCUUGAUGCAUUUCCAGAUCUUAAUAGUGAAAUACUUUCCAUAGCUGAAGAACUUGUAAAACUGUCCAGUUUUGUAUUAAAAGUUAUGUUACCAUUUUGGAUUGCUGCUUUAACAGCUUUCAAGCAAAACAGGUAUGCUGACAGUGUGAUUCUUUUAAUUCCUCAGCUGGAAGUUGGACUUAGAGUGCUUUUCACUACAACUAAUAAAUGUCCAAAUCGAUUGCUAACAGCAGAGUCUUCUGCUCUCUACACCACUUUUGAUGAGAUGCUAGCAAAGCAUUUGGAUAAUGAAGAAGUCAACCAGCUACCUGUAGUUCUUGAGGAGCCUGCCAUGGACUUCCUUUGGGAUUUCUUGAACCACCAGGAGGGCCCACGUAUAAGAGAUCGUUUAAGCCAUGGAGAGAUCAAUCUAGAAACAUUUCCUAGAGAAAUAGCUAACCAGAUAAUUGGAUUUGCUAUUACUAUUCUCUGCAGAUUCUCAGAUGAGAGUAUGUUUUCUCUUAAGGAACACAUGGUCAUAAAACCACUGAUGAACUGUGCAAGUUGCUACCAAUCUCGAUUUCAUCCAAUUUCCCGACUCAAGAAACAGGUUCUGGAAUGUAUGAAGAGUAUCCACUUAUGGCCUGAAUUAGCAAUAGUGCCUGAAGAACAAGUACAAAAGAUUAAAGGGUUGGAAGGAAAUGCUGAAGGUAAUACUUUGAUUUUGAUCAUAUCUGAAAUUAUAUCUCAGUUGCAGCAUUAUAUGCCCCAGAAUUGCUGCAGUUCAGAUGAUCCUAUAAAUGGUGUCCUAACAGAGAGGCUGCUGGUGGAACUUCGUGAUACACGCAUUUGCACGCUGUAUUCCCCACGACCUGUCCUGGAAGUAGUGGUGGUACUCCGCAAAAUAAGCUCGCAGUGCCAUCAAGUGUCCCAGCAGGUUAUUGCCGGCGCUGGGCUGAGACACACGCAGUGGCUUAACAAGACUCUGCGUUCUCGCCAGAGGCUCAACUAUCGGCGGAUGCUGAACAGCAUUAAAUUUUUGUCUCCAGUGUUGCGACUCAUCUUACUGUUGAUUACUCAGGAACUAGUCAGUGUUCAUUUCGUUUGUAAGAAGAAUCCUUUUGAUUAUCAGCAGUAUCUAAAGUUUUUGAAGUCAGUCUUGCAGUACACUGAGAACUUGGUGACGUACACAAGCCUUGAGAAAAACAAGUGGGAUGAAACCAUAGAACUUACAAAGAACACUUUGAUAAAAAUAAGGAAAAUCUGUGACAGAAAGCUAAUGUUAAUGCAUCUAGCUAUGUGAAUGAAAUGGGCUUACGAAUGUCUGGAUGUUGUUAUAUCUAAACAGUUACAGAGACCUCAUAUUUGAUAAAUCUUAUUCAAAGACGAAUUUCAUAAGUCAUUUUCAAAUUUUGGAUGCAAAAUUUACUCUUUUUGUCAGAAGGUAGCUGCUGAUACUGCAGAUGAAUGAUCAAGGUUUCAUAGAAUGGGUUGUUUAUCAAAUCCACUGGAAAAUAUUUACUGUGAAGUAAAUCAGGAUGAUACAA